AUGAGCCUCAUUGACCCUUUAGCAGUGGAUGCUGCAACGGAGCCACAGAUAGCCAAAACGGAGUGGAUGUGGGGUAUUGAAAGAGGAGGCAUUCUAUACUACGUGGACAGCCCAUACAACAAGAUCUCCUUCCGUUCCGAUAUCACCGUGAUGUACUUCAACGGCGACUUUAUACUCCUUCCCACCCACAAGACAUAUAUGGAUGCGAUGGUCUUUAGCAAGCGAGCUGGUUGCUUUUGCCGUGACGAAGAAGAUGAUUCGCCGCGACGCCCUUUGACAGCACUGGGCACAUCCUUCCGCUACGUUUUUAUUUCGCUCACGGACGCUGCACGAAAUUUGCUCCGGGAAUCCAUAAUGCCAAGUCAAACCGACGAAGACUGGAACGGCGGUAUUAACCCAGCCACUGGCAAGGUCAUGCCGUCCUCGGUCAAGGACUACCCUGUAGUCGAGGUGCACAGCAACCCGGUCUCGGUAUGCGCGUAUGCCCAGGAGGUGCUGGACGCCGUGAAGGGGCCGAAGCCGCUCGACAUCGUGCACUGGACCAACUGCCUAUUUCACUUCCAGAUGCGAUGGAGCAUGCACUCGUAUUUGCAAGCCCCCGAGUGGUUUGUCGAGACCGACGAUCGGAACGACCACUACGACGAGAGUCUGAGUGGUAGUGAGGCGACCGGGUACUGUCCGCUACCGAAGGACGGCGGUCAAUCGCGUGGCCGGGUUCCGCGCUAUGCGUCCUCGUCCGGCACUGCCGACUCGCAGACCAGCAGCCGUGUUAUGGAGUGGGCGAAAGGUAUACCGCGUCCCAGGACCGUUCGAUCCUCGUCUCCAGGCCGAUUCUCUCGCUCCGCGGCGAAGGGCACCAUCCCUGGGUGCUUUCAGUCCUCUCCGUGCCGCAAAGUCAAGCGUGCGAAGUCCAGUAGGUCCGGAGGAAAGGUACCGAGCUGGACGCAGCAAAAUGGUCGCUUUCCAACCCAUGUGUUUACGAGCAACGACUGGGCGAUGUUCUUCUAUGGGACGAGGUUGUCGGAGGAUGACGACGGGUACACUGACUGA